AUGAGCACCCAAGAUCUUUUCUCGGCCGACCUCCUUUCUCCCAGUGUCCAGGCUGAGCUCCCAGAGGGUUACAAGCUCCGCGCGCUUCGGUCAGAAGACUACGAGCAUGGCUUUCUCGACUGUCUUCGAGUCCUGACAACCGUGGGGGAUAUCUCCCGGCAGGAGUUUGACGAACGCUACCAGUGGCUGGCCAAGCAAGACGGCACUUACUUUAUUCUCGUGAUUGAAGAUACCAACUUCAACCCACCCAGGAUCGUGGGUACCGGUGCGCUGAUCGUGGAGCGCAAGUUCAUUCACGGCCUUGGGAAGGUCGGACACAUCGAAGACAUCGCUGUUGCGAAGGACCAACAAGGGAAGAAACUGGGUCUUAGAAUUAUCCAGGCUCUCGAUUUCAUCGCCAAAGAGACGGGUUGCUACAAGACAAUCUUGGACUGCAGCGAGCACAAUGAGGGCUUCUAUGUCAAGUGUGGAUUUAAGAGAGCGGGGCUCGAGAUGGCCCAUUAUCACAACAAAUAA